UGUAAGAAAGAGUGUAACAGCCCCACUACUCCCGCAGUUAUGUCCCUGCCAGCCUUUCACUUUGCCGUUCUUCCCCUGUCUCUCCCUUGAGUCUUUUGUCUUCUUCUCCUUUCUCUCCUCCAAAUUUAGCCCACUUUCCGCCAUUUUUAGCUCCUCCCCUAAAUCCAUCUCUCUUUUCUGAUCUGCUUCAACCUUCAAACCUGCAAAGCUCCGGCUACCCAUUUUCCUCUCUGUCCAUCUGAAUCCAAAAGCUCCUCUCAGUAGAGAAACGGAGCAAUGGAGGAUGAUGAGGGGGAGGAGUACCUCUUCAAGGUGGUGAUAAUCGGAGACUCUGCAGUUGGGAAGUCGAAUUUGUUGUCCAGAUAUGCUAGGAACGAGUUCAACAUGAAUUCCAAGGCGACGAUCGGGGUUGAAUUUCAGACGCAGAGCAUGGAUAUCGAUGGAAAGGAAGUCAAGGCCCAGAUUUGGGAUACAGCCGGUCAGGAGCGGUUCCGUGCUGUCACCUCUGCUUACUACAGAGGGGCUGUCGGUGCUCUCAUCGUUUACGACAUCAGCAGACGCACCACCUUCGAAAGCGUCGGCCGAUGGCUCGAUGAGCUCAAUACACAUUCUGAUACAACUGUGGCGAGGAUGUUGGUGGGGAACAAAUGCGAUUUGGGAAAUAUCCGGGAUGUGAGCAUUGAGGAAGGCAAAGCUCUUGCUGAAUCUGAAGGGUUGUUCUUCAUGGAAACAUCUGCCCUAGAUUCUACAAAUGUUAAAACAGCUUUUGAAAUGGUUAUCCGGGAGAUCUACAACAAUGUCAGCAGAAAAGUCUUGAAUUCUGAUUCCUACAAGGCAGAAUUGUCAGUCAAUAGGGUGAGCCUUGUUAAUAAUGGAGCUGAUGGAUCGAACCAAAAUCAGAGCAAAUUUUCUUGCUGUUCGAGAUGAUUUCUAUUCCAUAACUUAUACCAGGGGAUGGGGGAGCAUUAGAGGUGAAAUGGCUUUUCUUCAGGUUGGUUGGUUAAUUUGAUUGGCUUUGUUGGUUUGCUUUUUUAAUUGAUGUAUCUUAAGGGGUUCUUUAGUUACCAAAUAAUUUAAUAGAAAGUGUUUUUGAAAUCAGGGCUAAAAUUUUGGGCUCUGAAGUCCAAAAGCAUGUAAUGUUUAAAGUUUAAUUGUUUUUUUUUCUUUUACAUAAAAUAAAGUGGAUAGAAGUGCAUGAUUGCUUAUAUGCUCCUAGUGCAUUUAUGUAUGGUUGCCAUCAUUGUGGAUUCUA